AUGCACGUCCCAACAACGCUAGGUCGCUUGGUUCUAGGCGCCGGUCUUUGUGCUGCUCGUGCAUGUGCUCCUCAUCCUCGACCAUCUUCGCUAUCAGCCUUGACAAGCGCAGCUGUGACUGGCCAAAGCUCCGUCACUACUGAGGAUACAAUUCCUACUUUCCCCUCUUCUGCUGAGAAUCCCUCGAGUGCUACAAGCUUGAGCACAUUCGUUGAAUCAUCUGGAACGAAUAUCGAAACUUCUGUACUUCUAGUGUCAACUGGUGAAACAUCAACCACCCAAAACUACGCCACUGCCGAGGGCACAGCCACCACUUUCGCCUCUUCUUCUGGAGAGACGUUAGCUGUUACCAGCUCUGGCACAUCCAUUGAACGCUCUACAUUACCAGUCUCGACUGGCAGACUCACGACUACUGAAAGUUCUGUUGCUACUGAAGGCGUAUCUACGAAAUUGGCCUCCACUGAUGAGACUAUAACUACCAUUGCAUCUGGUUUUAAUAUAGAAUCCUCUGCAUCAACCACUGCUUCCGCUUCCGCUUCCACUAACAACAAGAGCCUGAAUGUUGGUGGUUCUAACACACCCACUACUCUCACCUCCACUGCCGAGGAGACUCUGACUACUGCCGAUUCUGGUACACCGAGUGGCUCUUCAAUCGCAAUCAUUAGUUCAUCAGCUACUGGUUCAUCUUCUGAAACCUCUGCUACAAACGUCGAUUCUUCUACUAUUAGCUCAUUUGGUACGGCUAUCGAGUCGACACGGACCAUUAUUGAGUCCUCGACCCUUGAACCAACCACAAUAACUACUGGAACUUCCAGAACUUCUUCUGACAUAAGUAUCGGAUCCCCUGAGACAGCGAGUGUUUCCGUUCCUGUAACUACAGAUAUUGCAUCUGGCACUGUUUCUCACACAGUCAUUGCUUCCUCAACGGUCGAUACUUCAAACAUUGAUGCAUCUACCAUAACCAUUGAAUCGUCUGGAGUCACAACUACAUCAAUCACUACUGCCGAGGAAGCCUCAACAAACGCCGGUUCUGCCACAACGCUUGAAUCCUCUCAUGUCACAAUAGAUUCAUCUGCCACAGUCAUACAACCUUCUAUGACAGUCACUGAGUCCUCAGGAACAACUACUGCUUUAGUCUCCACUACGCAGGAUAGUCUACCUGUCACAGUAUCGGACAUAACCGUCGAUUCUCCUACCACCGAGUCUUCUGCCACGACUAUUGGAAGCUCAGAAGCGAUUACUACUCUGGCCUCUACUACCGAGGAAGCUCUUGCUACUACUGGUUCUACCACAGCCACUGAAUCUUCUGGCAUUAGCACAGACUCUUCCAUCGCAACUAGCCAGUCUCCUAUUACGUCCAUUGAAUCUUCUGCAACAACCACUGAGUCUCCUGGCACAACCACAUAUAAUUCUAUCCCCACUAUUGUAUCUUCUGAAACAACGUUGGUCUCGGUCAUCAGAUCUUCAGCCAGUAGUAAUGCCGAUGAGUCAACCACAUUAGCAACGAGCUCUGCUACAGAAAUCACAACAAGUGCCACUUCGGGCACAAUCACCUCUGCAACCUCUGCCGACCCUCCCGUCCACACUGUCGAGAUGGUGCAGGUUGGCGGUUUUGAAGAUAGAGAUCUUGGCCCCUGGGAAGUCAGUGGAGGAGCAACCGUAUCUUUUCAGAAGGACUUCUAUUAUGAUGGCUCGCAGAGUCUGCAACUAGAAGGUCCUCCUUCUUCAAGCACACUGAGGGUGUGCCAGCGGGUCAAGGUUCAACAAGGAUAUGAAUAUACCUUUACGGCAUAUGUUGCGCAAUACUGCCUGGCUGACCAUAGCUCACCCCGUUGGUGUUAUGACGAUGUAAACAAGGCCAAACUCUCUAUCGAUCAAGUGUACAGCUCUGAACAGACAGCAAUUCCCAACAACGCCCCUUUUCAAGAGGUGACAGGGACUUUUCAGUAUGUUGAUCCGAGCAUUGAUUCCACUGAUCUCUGCGUCGAGAUCAACAUUGGUGGGGGAAUUUAUUACAAUUUCUGGAUUGACGGCAUUUCUUUGGGUCGCGGAAAGGCUGUGCCGAUUCCAGAGUGGGAAUAG